CGCGACGAUGGCAUUGCCCACGAUUUCAUACAGAUAUGCCUUUGGCAUCAAAACCGAUGUCAAGGAGAACAUUGGCUUCCUUGACGAGCAGACCGUCAUCUAUCCGGCCGGAUCCAACCUCAUCAUCUACAAUGCCGAAAACAAGAGCCAGCGGUUCAUAACCAUGACGGAGCACUGCGAGUCCAUCACGAGCCUCUGCAUCUCCAACACCCGACGGUACUGCGCCGUUGCCGAGCGGAGCACGGUCGAGAAGCCGCAAGUGGUGAUCUAUGAUCUCCACACGCUGAGGCGAAAGAAAGUGCUCGUGCCAAGCAGCGAGAUCGAGUCCAAGGAAUAUGUGGCUCUGGCCUUCUCCAGCGAUGCAAAGUUCAUCAUCACCCAGACAGGCGCGCCAGACUGGAUGAUGUACUUUUGGCUGUGGGAAAAGGGCAAGCUGAUGGCUUCGUUCCGCACCACCCAAGACAAGCCGACAUCCAAUCUGCCGCCGCCAACCGGGUUCAAGGACCGAGAUGCAGGCGGAACGAUCAACCAGGUCUCGUUCAACCCCUUGGACAGCAACCAGAUCUGCACGAUCGGAAACGGCGUCUUUCGCCUCUACCGAUAUCAGGACGGCGGGUGCAAGCAGCUUUCGUUUUCAAAGUUCGAGCCGCGCAACUUCACUUCACACGCCUGGAUCUGCGAUGACCGUUUGGUCGUGGGCUCCGAGGACGGGCGACUCCUCAUCUUUGAAUCCACCGGGGAGCUCAAGAUCGAGAUCGUGUACAGCAACGGCACAACCAACGCGCCAAAGCAGAUCUACGGCAUCGUCGCGUACCUCAAGGGCUUCAUCGUGGCUGGAGAGGGGGGAUUCAUGUCUGUGUACGAGAAGGAGGAUCCGGGACUCGCGGGGCAGGUCUCGGCCGCAGCCAUCGCCAAGGAGCUGUUUCGGAAAACCAGAGAGUACUCGCUGCCCUUUGACAACGUUCGUGUCCUGACCCUGGCCAUUUCUCCAAGCGAGGACAACAUCAUAUGCACCCUGGAAAACAGCCAGAUCUAUACGCUGAUGGUGACCAGUUCCGAGAUGAAGGGCGACGAGGCAAAGUUCAACCUGCUUGCACAGCCUUUCCACCAUGGACCCAUCAUCGGCAUGGACAUUUGCAUUCGGAAGCCCUUGAUUGUCACAUGCUCCUCGGACAAGUCCAUCCGGGUCUGGAACUAUCUCGAGAACACCUCGGAGCUAGUCAAGUACUUCCCCGAGGAGGCCUUUAGUGUGGCAAUCCAUCCAAACGGCCUCUACAUCCUGGUCGGAUUCGGAGACAAACUCAAGUUGAUGAAUCUCUUGAUCGACGACAUUCGUCCCUUCCGCGAGUUCACCAUCCGAGGCUGUCGCGAGUGUCAAUUCAGCACCGGUGGUCAGUACUUUGCCGCCGCCCACGGCAACGCCAUCCAGCUCUACAACACCUGGAACUUUGAGAACAUCGGGAACCUCAAAGGACACAGCGGCAAGGUCCGAACGAUCGCCUUUACGUCGGACGACAGCCGCAUUAUCACUGCCAGUAUCGACGGCACCAUUUUCGAGUGGUCGCUGAGAGACGUGUACGGAUUCAACGGAAUCGGCAUCAAGAAAGAGAGCGAGUCGACCGUAAAGAACUGCAGUUAUACAAGCGUCGUGACCUCUCCGGAUGGCCGCAGUGCCUAUGCCGUCGGAAGUGAUAAGAUCAUCAAGGAAAUAAUGGAGGGCCAGCUGCUCAAGCAAGUCGAAGUCGACAUUCCCCUGACCCAGAUAGCGAUCUCCCACGGCGGCAAGGUUCUGUUUGCAGGU